AUGUCCCUUUGGAAGGAUGUGGCGGUUUCUGGUGCACUACUACGAGAGAGAUUCAUUCGGUAUCGACCCGCAGUUGCAGCAGUAAACGUGUCAAGAUCAACAGCCUCAUCAUCAUCAUCAUCCGUAAAGUUCGCUGGUGCCCCAUCACCUGGAAUAAUGAGAAACUCACAUAUUUAUGGUCGUCGUAAAUUGCUUUUGCCUGUAUAUGCCUAUGGGAGUUGCCGAGGUGUUUUCACUGUGACUACCGUGAUAAGAAAUGGUAAGAAUUUUGAAUGGAUGAAGCGAGAAGAUGAUAAGAAAGUGAGUCAUAUUGGGGAACGAGGGACAAUGGAAGUGGAAACAAAGGAAAAAGGAAUGUUGGGGUGGGAAUCAGAUGCAGAUGAGCGACAAGCAUUGCGAAGUAUUGAAAAUGCUAUUUCUUCGCUAAAAAACGACUCAUUACGACAAUAUGAUGAUGCCUUUAAUUUUCUUCCUGCUGCUAAUUAUCGUCACUCUAUGGUGAUGUUACUUGGAAAUCAUAGUGCUGGAAAAUCUACUAUUAUUAAUUACUUGUUGGGUCGAGAAGUACAGAGAACGGGUGUAGCACCAACAGAUGAUGGAUUUACUAUUAUUCAACGAGGUAAUGAAGACAAUGAUGAUGAUGGACCUACUAGUGUAAGUGAUCCACGUUAUCAGUUACAAGAUUUACAGAAAUUUGGUUUACAUUUUGUACAUCGUUUUAAGAUAAAAACAAGACGUUUGCCUAGUCAAUCAAGGGUACCACCUGGAUUAAUGAUAGUAGAUUCACCUGGUAUGAUUGACACCCCUAUUCAUGUGCGUGACCGUACAUCUCUGGAGGGUCAAUUACGUGGCUAUGAUUUUCUCGCUGUAACUAGAUGGUUUGCAUCACGAUGUGAUGUAAUUCUUCUUGUCUUUGAUCCUGCUAACCCAGGAACUACUGGUGAAACACUUGAUGUUCUCACAAAAUCUCUCGCUGGUUUUGAACAUAAGUUUCUACUUGUCAUGAACAAGGUGGACAUGUUUGAUAAGACGACAGAUUUUGCCCGAGCGUAUGGAGCACUUUGUUGGAAUCUUAGCAAAGUAUUGACAAUGAAGGAUAUUCCACGUAUUUACACUACCUUCGUCCCUACAAAAGCUUCAAUUGCUUCUGUUACUAUUUCUACAAGUAAUGUAGACGAAGAAAAGAAGACACGGGUACCAUUAUCAUCUGCUGUGAAGUCGACCCCUAUUUCCCCCUUUAGUGAGGAGGGAGCAAAGAUGGUGGCGAUGGAGGAGUUUCUGCGGCAGCGGGAGGAGGUGGUGGAUGAGAUCCUCAAGGCCCCACUGCGCCGCCUGGACAAUCUCAUCACGGAGGCGGAGGAGGGCGCACGGCGUAUUCUCCUCGCCGGCCGCGUCUGCACGGCGAUUGUGUGGGACUAUCGCCGCUGGCAGAUGAUUGGAGUGUUGGCGCCAACGGCCCUCUUCGCUGCGAGUGCGGGGAUAUUGGCCCUCGGCGGGAUCGCCACAACACCCGUCACCCUCGCCACCCUCACCGCACUCGCCGGGGCAACCACACUAUAUGUAUCUGUCACAGGUCUAAAGAGGCUCGAGCGCGAAUUGCUGGAGAACAGCGAUGCGGUGGUGGAUAGGAUCUUUAUUGGGCGCGAAAAUACACUAGAUCUGCAACUUCGCUGGAAGAACGCGGUGAAACCGGAAAUAUUAAACCUCGCAGAGACUUCAGAUGCAGCGGGGCGUGGUGUUAUCGCGUCGCUGCCAACUCUCACCCCAUGGGGACGAAAAACGAUAACGUCCGUCUUGAAACGCGAUAUCCCAGCACUGCGUCUGCGCGUGGCGGAGUACAAGCAGAGACUUAGCAGUCAAAAUGGCAAACAGUCAUCAUCAUCAUCAACACCACCAGUGCCGCCCCUUUAA